CUCCACAACUGCCUUCUUUUUCCGAACCCUCAAGUCGGCCUGAAGGAAAAUCUGUCAAGAUGCGUGAGUGUAUCUCUAUGCAUGUCGGCCAAGCUGGCUGCCAGAUGGGUAAUGCAUGUUGGGAGCUUUACUGUCUGGAACACGGGAUCCAACCGGACGGACAGAUGCCCAGUGACAAGACCUUUGGAGGAGGAGACGAUUCCUUUAACACGUUCUUCAGCGAGACAGGGGCAGGCAAACACGUCCCGCGUGCCAUCUUCGUGGACCUGGAACCCACUGUGAUUGAUGAGGUGCGUACAGGCACAUAUCGCCAGCUCUUCCAUCCCGAGCAACUCAUCACUGGCAAAGAGGAUGCUGCCAAUAACUAUGCUCGUGGACACUAUACUAUUGGAAAGGAGAUCAUCGACCUCGUGUUGGACAGGACCCGUAAACUGGCUGACCAGUGCACUGGCCUUCAGGGAUUCCUCAUUUUUCACAGCUUUGGUGGAGGUACUGGUUCAGGCUUUACCUCGCUGUUGAUGGAGCGCCUCUCUGUUGACUACGGGAAGAAAUCAAAGCUUGAAUUUGCCAUCUACCCAGCACCUCAGGUUUCCACAGCAGUUGUAGAGCCCUACAACUCCAUCCUGACCACCCACACCACCCUGGAGCACUCCGACUGCGCCUUCAUGGUGGACAACGAAGCCAUCUAUGAUAUCUGCCGUAAAAAUCUGGACAUUGAGCGUCCCUCUUACACCAACCUUAACAGGCUCAUUGGCCAAAUUGUCUCCUCCAUUACUGCCUCUCUCAGAUUUGAUGGAGCUCUGAAUGUGGAUCUGACCGAGUUUCAAACCAAUCUGGUCCCCUACCCUCGCAUCCACUUCCCUCUGGCCACCUAUGCUCCUGUGAUCUCUGCUGAGAAGGCCUACCAUGAACAACUGUCUGUGGCUGACAUCACCAAUGCCUGCUUUGAGCCAUCUAAUCAGAUGGUGAAGUGUGACCCACGUCAUGGUAAAUACAUGGCCUGCUGCCUGCUUUAUCGUGGAGAUGUGGUGCCCAAAGACGUCAACUCUGCAAUCGCCGCAAUAAAGACCAAGAGAACCAUCCAGUUUGUGGACUGGUGUCCUACUGGUUUCAAGGUGGGUAUCAACUACCAGCCACCUACCGUGGUUCCAGGAGGGGAUCUGGCCAAAGUUCAGAGAGCUGUGUGCAUGCUGAGUAAUACCACAGCCAUCGCUGAGGCCUGGGCCCGCCUAGACCACAAGUUUGACCUGAUGUAUGCCAAGAGAGCUUUUGUGCACUGGUAUGUGGGCGAGGGCAUGGAGGAGGGAGAAUUCUCAGAGGCCAGAGAGGACAUGGCAGCUCUGGAGAAAGAUUAUGAAGAAGUGGGCACUGACAGCGUUGGAGAUGAGGAAGAAGAAGGAGAAGAAUACUAAAUUGCAAACGAUCCUCCAAAUUACAUAGAAAUAUCUGCACUCAUCUGGGCUUGCCAAAUUAGACGUUGUCUUUUCUUAAAACAGCAUGAUGUUUUUGUAAACGCAGAAUUUGCUGUGGUUUUUAAAAAUAAAUUGUGAGGAAAUUUA